GUAUGGCUUGUUUCAAUGCUGUUUGCACUACCACCAGCCGUAGGAUGGUCAAGAUAUGAGUUUGUCCCUGACAGAGCGAUCUGUACACUCAAGUGGUCGACCAACAUUUCAUAUACGGUAUUCGUCUUCUCUCUUGGGAUUUUCUUCCCCUUCAUCGUCAUAUUUGUCUCUUACUUCCGAAUCUUCCGAACUGUCCGAGCUAAUUUCCGAAGGAUGAGAUCCCAUCGUGGAAGCGGUAAGGUGUAUCCGAGGUCAGAGGUUGGAGCUGGAUCAUCACGCAGACCUACUAUUAGUGGUCAUAUGGGGAGCCGAGGAAGUUUUGCAAGGUCCUCUUGGUCGAAUGGAAGUCGACGGAGUAAUUUCAACAAUGCGGAUACAUUGAGGAAUGAAUUUACUACACAGCAUCUACAGUUACCGCCAAUGCACAGCCGCUUGAACAGGGUGAACAAAGUUACCAUGAAUGGAAGGACUCCAGUUAUGCGGACUGUUAGUGAUAUUUCAAGCGAAAUUUGCGGCGAUGGUCGCAGUCUGUUUGCAUCGAGUCUUGCCCGUCAGUUGUCACUUGAUCGUGAUGUCUUAGCCAUUAGCCCAUGUGCAUCCGCUAGCACUUUAGAUCAUCAUGAGGAUGAAGAAGAACCAGAGAGGGGAAAAAUGAAAUCGCCAACACUGGAGCCCUCUGGACGAAUAUCUGAUUACCUGGUGCAGGACCCAUCCUGUAGUACCACACCAAAUGCAACCAGUGAUUUACAAUCUACCGAAGAUAGCAUCCGCGCAUCAAGAUUGUAUAAAAGGCGUGAAAUUAGGGGAGCAUCGGGAAAAGUAGCCAUCCAGCUCACAUCGGUGGAAGGACCCAUAACUGAUCCCGUCAAUUUUGAGACCAGUCCUGUAGGAGCUUUGAGCAUCGCUUUGGCUGAAAGCAGCAGAGGACAAAAUAUUCUGCAAGUACAGGCGGCCUUAAAUUCCGAUCGAUCUAAUGGUUCGCGCCGUGAUCUACGUCCAAUACCGGCAUCGUCGCAGGAACGACCCAAAACGGCUGGAUUUUAUGACGUUGAUAAAAUUAACAAUAACAUCCGCAGAUUAUCGGUACGAUCUCUACGACAUUCAUUUCGUCCUUCGUCUGCACGUGGCCGUUCACAGACUCUUACAUCACAAAACUCUACAACUGCAUCAAAUAAUGACGAACUAAGAAUGACACUAAUGGUGUGCGCCGUCUUGAUUUCAUUCGUUCUAUGCUGGGCACCUGUAACUAUUGUCAGUUUCAUCGCAGUACUAAACGUGAGCAUUCCGGCCCCGGUCGAUAAGUUUGCAGUGUUUAUGAUGUUCUUAAGUAGUGCUGUUAACCCAGUGAUAUACGGGUUGAUGAAUAGAAAAUUUCGGUUAGGUUUCAGUCGUCUGAUUUGCGGAUGGCGGACUGGCAAGCUGAGUAGCAAUGGCUCAAAUCGCUCUAAGACACGCUCAAGGAAUAAACCCAAGAAAAAUGGUGUAGGUCUUGCGGGCCAAAACGUGGGAAGAGACCCAGAGACGGGAAUCACAACAAGGCGAUGACGAACUCAUUUUUUAUUUCAUGAAAAGUUUAAUUAUAUGUAUACAUUAUGUGAAUAUACUGCACAAAACGAAUUUUAUAAUCAGAGGUGGAGGCACACAGUUUGCCAAGUUGCCUUUUUUCAAUUUAAGAAAUUAAAUGUGCUAUAUGUAUUUUGAAGGAAUGUGUAAUGUAGUCACACUGUACUCCCAUGAAUUAUGUGGCCUUUGAUGAAUUUGUAAUCGCUUAAUUAUGACAUCCUAUUGUCGUUUAUGAAAUAAAAGGACUACAAACCAGGUCAUAACGAGAAUACAUAAAGGUUUGAGGUCUUUAGCUUGCUACUAUUCACACCAUAUUCCUGUUAAAUGUACAUUAAAGUCUGUUUUCAGUUUUAGAGAUUUCCUCCCAAGAGUGAAUAUCACUGGCCUACUGGUGUAGGAGGAGGAGGGGGGGGUGAGACUGGGGGUGCCAUGCAUACAGUCCCCGAAUAAAGUUUGAUCAUGGUUGAUUUAUAAUUUUAUAUUAUUAGUUAUAAUGUGAAGUCAAUAUUUCUGCCAAAACUCUACUGAAAUGAAAAUAUACAUUUUCAAUAGAAAACUUUACACAUGUAUAUUUUUGUAGGUCAUUUUACAACAUGCACAAAAUGUGUUUUGUGUUAUAGCACUAAGAUUAUCUGUUCUAACAAUGGAGCUUUGAUAAUGAAUAUUCUGAGAUUUGCCCAAGUAGUCGAAAAUAGUGUUCUUUUACAGAGAUGCAAUCAAUCGUGUCCAAGACGGAGCCAACAACUGAAGCCCCCCACCUCCCCAUAAUGGCGGCGCAAAAACAAGGAGAGAAGAAAAAUGGACAGUAUGAAGAAAAAGGGAAAAUUAAUAAGAAAACGGGGAAAAGGAGAUGAGUUGGGGAAAAUAUGAACCCACGCUUCGCAAUCGCAUUAUUAGUUAAAUGAGAUACGGAUAAUGUUUAUGAUUACAAAAAGUCAUAUGAAUGUAGCAUUAUCAGGUAAAGCACGCGCUUCACCCUCGCAUUAUUUGAUUAGCUCUAAUCACUACCCUUCCACGGUACUGGUCACUUUGCUCCGUGUAAAGAUUACCCCCCCCCCAUAUCAUCGUUUAUUAGGCCUAUAUUCUGAUCACUAUAACAAUUCAUUCUUAGAUUAUACGCCUUAAAACCAGAUAUGGUUGCGAAGGAUAAUUCACGUGUUGUAUGUAUUGUAUGAGUUUUGUGAUUUUACAUGGACAUUUAUUUUGAUCGGGUGUCUGAUCCCAAAGAAAAAAAUGGUGUUUUCUACUAGC